AUGCCCAGCAUUGCUAAUGUCACCUCCAGCAUUGUGAAGCCCAAAAUCACUAGGUACUUUGAGCUGAAACAGAGCAUGAUCCAGCUACUACAUGCAAAUGAGGAGUUUAUGGGUGUUCCACACGAGGAUUCACAACAGUACAUCCUAAACUUCUUGGAGAUUAGUGAUACUUAUAUCACUAAUGGAGUCACUCCAGACUAUGUGAGGCUCACACUAUUCCUGUUUUCUCUAGUGGGCGAAAUAAAGCGAUGGUUGAAGGCAGAACCAGCUAAUUCUAUUACAUCAUGGAAUAAUCUGGUGAGGAAAUUUUUGGCACGGUUCUUUCCAUCAUGCAAAACCGCAAAGAUCAAAAGUGAGAUAGUCACCUUCAAACAGAAAUCGGGGGCGUCUCUGUAUUCAGCUUUAGAGAGAUUCAAUGGGCUGCUCAGAGAUUGUCCUCAUCACAACCAGACAAAUGAAGUGUUAGCUCACACCUUCAUAGAAGGGCUCCAUCUAGAGAUAAAAAUUGUGGUGGACGCUGCAGCGGGAGGUCAAAUGUUGGAGAAACGUUUUGAUGAAAUUUAUUCCUUAUCGAACAAAUUCACCAAAAGUAAUCCUGACUGGAAAGGAGAGAUAGGCAGACACACAGUGCAAAUAUCUGUAGGGGUCCUCGAGUUAGAUGUUAUCUCUGCAUUAUCAGCACAGGUUGUCACAUUGUCCAACCAAGUCAAUAAGAUGACCUUGGUUAUUAACAAACAACAAGCUCAGCCAGUGCAACAGGUUCAGAAAUUUUGUGAAGUAUGUGGAGAGGGUCACACGAGCGACUUAUGCCCAGCUAAUCCAGAGUCUGUCUAUUUUGUGGGUAAUGCAAAUAGGGGUCAGACAAACCAGUAUGGGAACACUUACAAUCCUAACUGGAGGAACCACCCAAAUUUUUUUUGGGGUGGAAACCAAGGUGCUCAGAAUCAGUACAUGCCACAAGCUUCUCAACAACAAUAUAGACCACCACAGGCUGAACAACCUACAAACUCGACGAGUCACAUUGAGGAGAUUCUAAAGAAAUUUAUGGUUGACCAGCAGGCAUAA